CGGGGCUUCGGUUUCCUCGGCAACGGCGGCGGCGGCGCGCGGGCCCGGCCGGCGCCUCCCGGGCCCAGGUGAUCCCUGUGACUCCCAGCCACAGCCAUGGGGUUGUUUGACAAGCUGGCAGGAUGGCUUGGGCUGAAGAAAAAGGAGGUUCACGUCUUGUGCCUUGGCUUGGACAACAGCGGCAAAACGACGAUCAUCAAUAAACUUAAACCUUCAAAUGCUCAAACUCAGGACAUUGUUCCAACAAUAGGAUUCAGUAUAGAGAAAUUCAAAACUUCAAGUUUGUCUUUCACAGUGUUUGAUAUGUCAGGCCAGGGGAAAUACAGAGACCUCUGGGAACACUACUACAAAGAAGGCCAAGCCAUUAUUUUUGUCAUUGAUAGCAGUGACAAAUUACGAAUGGUUGUGGCCAAAGAAGAGCUUGACACCCUUCUGAAUCAUCCAGACAUUAAGCACCGCCGGCUGCCUAUUCUCUUCUUUGCUAACAAGAUGGACCUCAGGGAUGCAGUGUCAUCUGUGAAAGUGUCUCAGUUGCUGUCCUUAGAAAACAUCAAAGACAAGCCCUGGCACAUCUGUGCCAGUGAUGCUCUUAAAGGAGAAGGAUUACAAGAAGGUGUGGAUUGGCUCCAAGGUCAGAUGCAAGCAAUGAAGACAUGAGAGAUAAAUAAAGGAUCUAUGGGGUUCUUUUACACCCUUUGUCAGUAGGUGAAGAACAAGUUCCUUGGAAAGGAAGAAUGAUUUGAAGAAGAUGAACAGUUCAGCUAAAAUAUCCUGUAUUGACUUGUUUCAGUUUAGUAUCUCUUCCAGGAAAACUGAAUGUAGACAACCUAGCACCUCAGGUAUGCACAUUGAUGAAUUAAAUUGAAUCUUGUGACUGGAGAGCCUCUAAAAAAUAUUUGUGUUAACAAUAAACAUCUGCAUUCAUUUGAGGUUUGGGUGAUAAUUAGCCAUCAGUAAAUGCCCCUCUGUUUUUUGGGGGGACACCUUACAUUUUGAGCAAAUGGAAAUAUUUAUUUUCCAGAGAAAGAAUAAUCAGCACUUUGUGAAAUCCAUCUACAGAAGAUACCUACUGAUUUUAGAUGCCCAGUUUUAGGCAUUACUGCCAUUUUUUUAUAUUAAAGUUUGAUGUUGGGUUUUUAUUAUCCAUCUCUAAUAUACUUCUAUAAAAGUAUUUUGAUUAAAGAUAUAAGGAUUCAAAUGUUCAUUGUAUUUGUUAUAGAUGAUUGCAGAUGUUUUUAAGAAAUUGCUUUUAAUGAAAUGUUACUAAUUGUUUUUGUGAUUAUGUCAUGGUUAUAUUUGCAUUCCCAUCAAUAAAACUUCAAAUAUAUGACAUGCCCUGAUUGGGUUUUUUAACUUCAGUAUGCUCAUUAAUGGUCUUUAUAUCCUAGAGAUUUUUGGGGGUUUAUUUUUAUUUGUUUCAUUUGGAAUGUGUUUAUCCAUAUUCAAGUGCAUAUAGCACUGUAUAUGUAAUAAAAUGGUAU